AUGGCAAACCCAUCUUUCGAAAUAUGUCCAGACUUCGAUGGACCAGCGUACGCAAAUAUAUGCGAUGACAUCCGGAGAGCCACCGGACAGACCCAAGAAGAAGUCAUUGUUCGCCUAACCCAAUCCUGGACCGACGGACACAACGAGAGAGUCGAUGAGUGGAACCAAAAUAGGGAGCAGGAAGCAGCCCAGGUUGCCGAAGCUGAACAAGCUCGAGCGGCCCAAGAGGAAGAAGUUCGCCUACAGCGGGAAGCUGAAGCAGAGAAAGAGAAAAUCGAAGCAGAGAAAAAGAAACCGAAAAUGAACGGUUUCGACGAAGCGUCUUCAGUAGGAGAUUCCAUUGCACCGCGCCCAUCCCAAUACGCGAUUCAAAAACUCAAUAAUUUUGACUACGUAGAACUCUGGUAUUUUUCCCCAGAAGGCUGCAAGGAAGCCCUUCGCACAGCUCGGUCUGUUGCAGAUGACUUCGGCCUCACCAGGAACCUUUUCUUAAUGCAACUUAGCAAAGCGAAGUGGCCACAAAGCCAUAUUGACGCCCUAUCUCUUUUCUUCUGGCACCUCGAGAACCACCCCAUUCGCAACAACAGUAAAAUCGGCGACACGGUUACUCUCCAUUAUGCCUCGCGUGUCCGCCAGGACUGGCACGACCGUCUCAAACGCGACGAAGGUUUCAACAUCGCCAUCAUCAAUGAGACCCUUUUCCGUGCAAUCAACGAGGAACUCUGGGAUAAGAUCUGUUCCAGAACAUUAUCUGCGGUACGUUUCCAUUUAAACUUACUCACAACGUACCGCUCACAAAGUUUAUCAUAUUAUAUAUAA